AUGGACGAAAAGAACUACGACCCAAACUUCAAGAACCAGGUCGAAUACGUCAUAACGGACAAGAAGCUAGGAGUCUACAGUUCUACGGAGUACCAGCCUUGGUGCAAGGACAUCAUCUAUCUUCUCGACGUGGGAAGAAAACAUCUACAGCACUACCCAUGGGAGGGCCCGCAGAAUGACGAAGAUGCAGAACUCCAUUCCGGUGCAACAACCCUCGUUGAUGGCGGCGACUCCAACGAUUCACUGAACAGUAUGGCGCAAUCUUUUGAUUUUCCAACCCAAUUCAAUGCGUCAACGAUAGAGGGUCAAAAGUCUAUCGCAAUCACUGUCAAGUGGGAAUUGAAACCGGAAUCCUGGAUUCCUGGUGCGGUCCGUUGGGAGGGUCAUGUUGCGCGCUUCCUGGUUGGUGAGUGGACGCUGGCGAAGGGUCAGUCGGACGUGAGUGAGAGGGAGGCAAUGAUGGCGCUUUUUGAUAGGAUGCAUAUGCUCGCGGAGAGUUAUCGUGAGAUGGAUGAGGAGAAGCGUAAGAAGGAUGAGGCGGAGCGUGCGAAGGACGAGGAAGAGCGUAUAGCGAGGGAGAAGGAGGCUGGAGAGGCUGUUGUCGAGUAG